GUGGGUCUAAGAGCCGAACCCUGCGCCCACCUUCAGAAGGAGGAGAGAGUGAGUCUUAAACAGAGGAGCAGCACCAACCUGAGCAUAAACACAGAGAGAAAGAGAAAGAGAGUGAGAGAGAGAGAGAGAGAGAGAGAGAGAGAGAGAGAGAGAGAGAGAGAGAGUGUGAAAGAGAGUCUCACAAGUCAGCCAACUGAUUCAGACUGAGACUAAAUAAACAAGCUGAGGUUUAGAGGAUUCGGGGAGCUGUGGAGGAGGAAAAGCGUGUGAGUUGUAGCAGAAAUCUGUGUAAAGUGGAGAAAAAAGAAGACGCCGGAGGAGAACAGAAGGAGUCUGGAUGGAUGAGCUCUGCUCCCUCAGUGACCUGGGCCCUCUGUGGAACUGGAACCUGACUUGGUUCACCCCAAACCCAGACCUGACCGAGUGUUUCCAGCACACAGUACUGGUGUGGUUUCCCUGCUUCUACCUCUGGCUCUGCGCCCCUUUCUACUUUCUCUACCUCGGAUUCCACGACUAUGGACGCAUAUCCGUCUCCAGCCUCUGCGUCACCAAGACGGUUCUGGGGUUGAGUCUGGCGUUCUUCAGCCUGUUGGAGUUGGUGUAUCUGCUGGUGAGCAGAAGUGGAGAGCUUAAUAAUCACAUGGUCUUCCUUCUCAGCCCUGUCAUUCGCAGCCUUACCAUGGUGCUGACAGUGUGUGUGAUCCACUUGGAGAGGAUGAAGGGCUGCCGUUCUUCGCUCUUCCUCUUCGUCUUCUGGACGCUGGCUGUGGUGUGUUCCCUGGUUCCUCUCAGAGCGAACAUCCAGGCUGUUGUCGGAGAGGUAUGCUGCUCAGAGAGCUGUUCAAGAGACAGUGUGCGAUCUGCGGCUUUCUUCACCUGCUUCUCUCUCCAGCUGGCUCAGCUCAUCCUGAGCUGUUUUGCUGAUCAGCGUUCGGACGAUUUGAAAUGGGUCGAUGUAAAGAACCCCUGUCCAGUUGAAGAUGCUUCAUUCUUGUCUAAGAUACUCUUCUGGUGGUUCAGUGGGCUGGUUGUAAAAGGUUACCGCUCACCUCUGAAAGCUGAAGAUCUGUGGUCACUCAGAAAAGAGGACACAUCGGAGAAGAUCAUUGGUGAUCUGGAGAGAGAGUGGACCACACAGUGUGCCAAACUGCAGCAACAGGAGAGGGGUGACAGUGUAACAGCUCUGGGCUGCAGAAUUACAGAGCAGACGCAGCUGCUUCACAAACUACGGCAAGAACAAAGCUCUGGAUUCCUCCUGCUCCGGACUCUGGCCAAAACCUUCGGACCCUUCUUUCUGACCGGAACGCUCUGCCUCAUCAUCCACGAUGCCUUCAUGUUCUCUAUUCCACAGGUGCUGAGUCUGCUGCUGAGCUUUGUGGGAGAUAAGGAUGUCCCCUUGUGGAAGGGUUACCUGUUCGCCUUCACCAUGUUCUUGCUGUCCUGCCUGCAGUCCCUCUUUAACCACCAGUAUAUGUAUUCCUGCUUCACUGUGGGCAUGAGGGUCAAGACCGCUGUCAUGGGCCUUGUGUACAGAAAGGCUCUGGUGAUCAGCAGUGCUGCUCGGAGGACGUGUACAGUAGGGGAGAUUGUGAACCUGGUGUCUGCUGACACACAGAAGCUCAUGGACUUUGUUGUGUACUUCAAUGCAGUCUGGUUGGCACCUAUUGAAAUUGGCCUGUGCCUAUUCUUCCUCUGGCAGCGUCUAGGUCCAUCUGCAUUGGCCGGAAUCACCACAGUCAUCCUCAUCUUCCCUUUGAACGGCCUCAUCGCCAAGAUGAGAAGCAAACUCCAGGAGGUGCAGAUGAAGUACAUGGACGGUCGUAUAAAACUGAUGACUGAAAUUCUCAGUGGGAUAAAGAUCCUGAAGUUCUACGCCUGGGAGAAGGCCUUUGAAGAGAGGGUUCUGGGAUACAGGGAAAAGGAGCUAAAGGCCCUGAAAAAAUCACAAAUCCUUUACUCCAUAUCCAUCGCCUCCUUUAACUCCUCUACCUUUCUGAUUGCAUUUGCCAUGUUUGGAGUUUACGUGCUGAUUGACGAGAAGAACGUUCUGGAUGCUCAGAAGGUUUUCGUGUCCAUGGCGCUCAUCAACAUCCUCAAGACUCCGCUGAGUCAACUGCCAUUCGCCAUGAGCACCACCAUGCAGGCCAUCGUCUCUCUGAAGCGUCUGGGAAAGUUCCUCUGUCAGGAUGAGUUGAAGCUGGACAGUGUGGUCAGAGCUCCCUUUAGCCCUGAUGGAGACAGUGUGACAAUAGAGGAUGGCACUUUUAGCUGGUCCAGAGACGGACCACCAUGCCUGAGGAGAAUCAGUGUGAAAGUGCCACGCGGGUGUCUGGUGGCGGUGGUGGGUCAUGUGGGCAGUGGGAAAUCCUCCCUGCUUUCUGCCAUGCUGGGAGAGACGGAGAAGAAGAGUGGAAAUGUCACAGUAAAGGGUUCUGUAGCAUACGUGCCCCAGCAGGCGUGGAUCCAGAACGCCACACUGCGGGAGAACAUCGUGUUUGGGCAGGAGAAAAAGGAGAGCUGGUAUCAGACAGUGCUGGAGGCGUGUGCUCUUGUGCGAGACCUGAACAUCCUGCCUGCCAGGGAUGCCACCGAGAUCGGAGAGAAGGGAUUAAACCUGUCGGGUGGACAGAAGCAGAGGGUGAGUUUAGCCCGAGCCGUCUACAGGAACGCUGAUAUUUACCUGCUGGAUGACCCACUAUCCGCUGUAGACGCUCAAGUGGGUCAGCACAUCUUUGACAGAGUCAUUGGGCCUAAAGGAAUACUCAAAAACAAGACGCGUGUUCUGGUGACCCAUGGGCUGAACUUCCUGCCCCAGGCUGAUCUGAUCCUGGUGAUGGGGGACGGAGAGAUCACAGAGACGGGAUCGUACAUCGAGCUGCUCAACAGGAGAAAUGCCUUUGCUGACUUUGUUCAAACCUUUGCUGGAAAUGAGCGUAAAGAAAUUUCCACAAACAAAGGCACCAGGAAAUCAGUGUCUCGACUCAGCGUGGCAGACUUCUCUAUUGACCUCUCUCAAGAGCAGCUCAUCAGUGGAGACAUGGGAGGUGCUAACAUUCAGACCAUGGAGGCCUUGUCGGACUCUGAGCAGGAGCAGGACCAGGAGGAACUGGGUAAACUGACCGAGGCUGACAAAGCCCACACCGGCAGGGUGAAGCUGGAGAUGUAUGUGGAGUAUUUCCGGACCAUCGGCCUGGCCCUCAUCGUCCCCAUUGUCUUCCUCUACGCCUUCCAGCAGGCCGCCUCUCUGGGCUAUAACUACUGGCUCCGGCUGUGGGCUGAUGACCCAGUCAUUAACGGCACUCAGGCUGAUGCGGACGUGAAACUCGCUGUGUUCGGAGCUCUUGGUAUCGCACAAGGGGUUGCUAUUUUUGGCACCACAGUAGCUAUCUCUCUGGGAGGCAUCAUUGCAUCUCGCCAUCUUCACAUGGACCUGCUCAGUAAUGCCCUGCACUCGCCCAUGGCCUUCUUCGAGAGCACGCCCAGCGGGAAUCUGCUGAACCGCUUCUCUAAAGAGGUUGAUGCCAUCGACUGUAUGAUCCCUGAUGGCUUUAAGAUGAUGCUGGGGUACGUCUUCAAGCUUAUGGAGGUCUGCAUCAUCGUGCUGAUCGCCACACCUUUUGCGGGGCUGGUCAUCCUGCCGCUGACUCUGUUCUACGUCUUCAUCCAGAGUUUCUACGUGGCUACUUCCUGCCAGCUUAGGCGCCUGGAAUCAGUGAGUCGCUCACCCAUCUACACGCACUUCAACGAGACGGUGCAAGGAGCCAGUGUAAUCCGGGCAUUUGGAGAGCAGCCUAGGUUUAUCCUGCAGGCCAACGGCAGAGUGGACCACAACCAAACCUCUUACUUCCCCAGAUUCGUGGCCACCAGGUGGCUGGCGGUGAAUCUGGAGUUUCUGGGGAACCUGCUGGUUCUCGCUGCUGCUAUCCUGUCUGUGACGGGUAAAGACACUCUGAGUCCGGGCAUCGUAGGACUGGCCGUGUCACAUUCUCUCCAGGUGACGGGAAUUCUGAGCUGGAUUGUUCGGGCCUGGACAGAUGUGGAAAACAACAUUGUUUCUGUAGAGAGAGUGAAAGAGUACGCAGAAACGCCUAAAGAGGCACCCUGGACCAUAGAGAACAGAUCUCUACCAUCAGCCUGGCCACAGACCGGCAGCAUUGAGUUCCAGCAGUACGGGCUGCAGUACAGGAGGGGUCUGGACUGGGCUCUGAAGGAAAUCACACUGAACGUCCAAGAGAGAGAGAAGGUGGGGAUCGUUGGGAGGACAGGUGCAGGGAAAUCUUCUCUCGCUCUCGGAAUCUUCCGGAUUCUGGAGGCGGCGAAGGGUGAGAUCUACAUCGACAGGGUCAACAUCGCCCAGAUCGGCCUGCAGGACCUAAGGUCCCGCAUCACCAUCAUCCCACAGGACCCAAUUCUGUUCUCCGGUUCUCUGCGGAUGAAUCUGGACCCGUUCGAUGGUUACUCUGAUGAGGACAUGUGGAGAGCUCUGGAACUCGCUCAUCUGAAGAACUUUGUGUCCGGCCUGCCAGACAAACUGAACCACGAGUGUUCAGAGGGAGGAGAGAACCUGAGUCUGGGUCAGAGGCAGCUGGUGUGUUUGGCUCGAGCUUUACUGAGGAAGACGAAGAUUCUGGUUCUGGACGAGGCGACGGCAGCUGUGGAUCUGGAGACGGACAACCUGAUCCAGUCCACCAUCCGCACUCAGUUUGAGGACUGUACUGUUCUGACCAUCGCCCACCGUCUCAACACCAUCAUGGACUACACCAGGGUGAUCGUAAUGGACAAUGGCUACAUCACAGAGAUGGACUCUCCUACAAACCUCAUCGCUCAGAGAGGCCAGUUCUACUGCAUGUGCAGAGAAGCUGGAUUAGCGUGAGCAAAGCCACAGGAGCUCAUCAUCCUUAGGAGUCUGUGACGGAACAGGAAAACAAAUUUUUUCAAGGAACAUGGCUCAAAACAUCACAGGAAAUACUGAAAAAGAUUGUUUAGAGUGUUUAAAAGGAAAGACCCUGACAGGUUCUGGUUCUGCACACAGGUGUCUGAUUCUGAGGUGCUAAAGGAAAAUACAGACCUUCUGGUACACAGCCAGUGAGAAGAAUUUUCCUGGACUGUUACUUUACUGAGCAGAUGAAGUUUCAUUCAGUGUGUGGUGUUUUCACCCUAACAGCAGCACUGAGAGAACUAGUAUAGGACCGGUUCCCCAGACCUAGAUUAAGCCGAAUUCUAGGAUGCAGUUUCCCAGACAGGGAUUAAGCCUAGUCUUGGACUUGGACACAGCAUUAUGAAUGGAGUCUAGGACUAGGCUUAAUCCCUUUCUGGCAAACCGACUCUACAUGUUUAGCAAAACUUGUAGCAAUGGUGGAUCCAUCUUCAAUACAUGUAAAUAGAUGGAAAACCUAUUGUAGACAGUUCCAUUAAGAUCCGUUCAUGUCGAGAAUUAAGGUUUUUAAAGGGUGUAGACUGAAAGGAAUUUCUGAUGGUGAUUCAUCAUCUGCACUGCACUUUAGAUCAGGACUACACUCUUUAGAAAAAAAAGGUUCUCCAAUGAAGGAAAUGGUUCCACACAGAACCAUGACAAAGAACGUUUUAAUGCUUAAAGUGUAACAGGUUUAAGUGUAAAAGGGCUUUCCCUGCAGUUGCAGACUAUAAUUCAUGUUUACAGCACUACCCCUCCCCUCCCAGCACAAAUCUACUCGUGCAUCUGUUUACGAGUGGAAAGGGCAUUUGGCAUUUGGAAUGGUAUAUUGUAAUGCCUAGACAUACUACAGUCUGUUUAUAUGAUGCAGGGAGUUAUCAUAGGUUGUUCCUACUCUUCAUUUGGUAGAUAGAUUAUCACUGUAGAACAGCUAGCAUAGCAGAGAAGCUAUGCCACCUUCAUCAAAACUGAAGUUAAGAACGUAAGGCUAUUGCAAUAUUUGUGAAUCUGGAACAGAUCUGAGUUUUCUUAAUCAUGUUAAUAUAACAUAUUACAGUGCGAAGCAAUAUUAUUCAUUGUUCUAGCUCAUUACUAGCAUUGACUGCAAAGGAUAUAUUAGUCAGAUAGUAGUGCCUUUGUACUUUUCUGCAUUGACUAUCACAGAAUUUAAAGGAGAACUUUAAACUGUAAAAUAGACUUUUGGUGUAAUAAAACAUAAUAAAAAGUAGUUACCUUUGAUUAAUAGCCCACCACCGUUCUCCCACAGCUUCCUGAGAUCUAGUAAUUUUGUUCUUUUUGCCCAGCACUCUGUACAACAGCCAUAUCAGGGCAUAUUUUCCCCCAAUAAAUCGCUUUUUACACCGUUAUCCUAUUACACCUCAACUAAGUGGUGCAAUGAUUUUGAAGCUGUAAUUUUAUUUCUUUUCUUCUUAAGAGUAAUCAAGAAAACUACCUAGUGUCCCUUUAAAUGGUUUCUUCUUUAGGCUGGACCACCAACAAAUGCCUACAUUCUGAGCAUAUAGGGUUUUUUUGACUAAAACAAGAGCUGUAACCCUCUUGGUGCUGUUUAAAACAUUUAAAAUCUCUUCAUGUCAGUUUCCCAGACAGGGAUUAAACCUAGUUUUGGACUACACAACAUUUUAAAUAGAGAAUAUAGUCUAAGAUUAGGCUUAAUCCCUGUCUAAGAAAGAGGGAACACACAUAUAAAAAAAAAAUAAAAAAACAGUUAACAUUCCACCAUUAUAACAGAUAUAUAAUAUUGCACUACACUACAAAGUGCAAUAUGCACAGCUGUGUGCAAAUAUCUGUGCAUCCCUAGUCAAAUGGUAUGGGAAGGGGUGACAGACCAAAUUAGGUGCUGAAAAAAAAUGACAUAUAAAAACAUUAAUGCAAUAAUCUGCAGUGAAAACACCAUUAAAUCUAGACGACUCUUUAAAACUGUAUUUUUGUACUUAAAUGUCAGGGAUAAUAAUAAUAAUGUUACAGUAUUCAUGAAAUGAACGUAUGUGUUUAUGUAGAACAGAACAAUGUGUGCAGGUGUAUCAGUAUCAGUAUCAGCGCUCAUAUGUUUUCAGUAGCCUUCAUGAAUUCCUCAGUCAGGAACUGCUGGAACAGGACCACAGCCAUCCGGAAGCUGCUGAAGAUCUGUGCACGGAUUCAGAGUUAUUUACUGUAAACGAGCGCUCGACACUAACCUGGCAGCUGCAGACUUCCCGAAUUCCUAAACAAGGCUGGAAAUCCUUUAAAUUAAUAUUUAUACUGUAUUAUAUCUGUGUAUUUUUGUAUAUUUACUUUAUAAGAGUGUAAAACUGUUUAUAUCUCUAUGGACAGCAAUAAUUAAUAUUGAAUAAAAAAAAUUAAAAUGUU